AUGGCGGUGGUGUGGGGGGGGGGGAGAGAGGCGCGGAGACGAGGAUGGCGGUGGUGUGUGGGGGGGGGGGGGGAGGGGCGGAGACGAGGAUGGCGGUGGUGUGGGGGGGGGAGAGAAGGGCGGAGACGAGGAUGGCGGUGGUGUGGGGGGGAGAGGGGCAGAGACGAGGAUGGCGGUGGUGUGGGGGGGGAGAGGGGCGGAGAAGAGGAUGGCGGGGGGAGAGAGGGGCGGAGACGAGGAUGGCGGUGGUGUGGGGGGGGGGGAGAGAGGGGCGGAGACGAGGAUGGCGGUGGUGUGGGGGGGGGAGAGGGGCGGAGACGAGGAUGGCGGUGGUGUGGGGGGGGGGGGGAGGGGCGGAGACGAGGAUGGCGGUGGUGUGGGGGGAGAGAGGGGCGGAGACGAGGAUGGCGGUGGUGUGGGGGGGGGGAGAGAGGGGCGGAGACGAGGAUGGCGGUGGUGUGGGGGGGGGAGAGGGGCGGAGACGAGGAUGGCGGUGGUGUGGGGGGGGGGGAGUGA